AUCAUGUAUUAUGUAUGUCCGAAGUUGUAUUGUAUAUCAACAUUUUUUCUAAUGUCCGUUGGAAAUAUUUACCUGUUUUAUAAUAAGAAAAGCAGAUUAUACAUAUAACGUUUUAAGUUAUUUUUGUAAAUAAUAUAAUAUGGCAAUAGAUGCUUCAUUUUAUAAAAAUGUGUUUUUGCUUAUGCAACUUGUACCAGCAUCCUAUGAAUGUACAAUACUCUUUAAAAAGGGAAUGUUUGAUAAACCAAAUACUUCUGGUUUUAUUCAUAUUUCUCAUUAUUUAUUAUCUAUAUACAACGCAAAACAGUUCAAAAAAAUGGUUGCAUGGCCUAUUAUGAAUAAAAUGGAUGAAAAGAAAUAUCGUGUGGAAGUAAAAGAGUAUUUAGAAAUUGUGGCAAAUGAAAAUCAAGAUAUAAAUUUUCCAACAGUACUUAUGACUCAUUUAUUGCAAGCAGGAGGAACAAAGUUUUUAAUUACUAUGUGGAAAUUAUCACAAAUUAGUCUCAGAAGUUAUAUUACAAAACAUUGUCAGAAAGAGGUUUUGCAAGCACCUAGUAUUGGUAAUAACAUAGAUGUUGUUGAGCUAUACUUGAGCACUAUAAAUUUAAAACAAAAUAUUAUUAUUUCUAAGUUUUAUGAAAAAACAAAAGUAAUUUCAGAGCGCUUUAAAUAUUAUAUGAAAUGCAAAUCUAAUGAUUUAACAAAAAUGCGAACUAAUAUUUUUGAAAUUAAAGAAAGCUUAGUUAAUUUUGUACCAGUUCUGCCAGUUAAUUCACUAGUUGCAAUGCAACUAAUUGAUAUUGAGAACACAGAAGUCAUAAAAUUGUGGAAAGAAAAUAUUAAUGAAAAGAUAAAGUAUUUGUCUAAAAAGAAUUUGGAACUGAAGAGAGUAAAAGAUCUGAGUAAUAUGUUAUGUGUUCUGAGUAUGUCCUCACAUUCCAAAUCUUUUGAUUGUGGUAGUCUUCCAAAAGUUAGCAAUGAUAUAAUACCAUUAUAUUCAGCUGAUGGCAUACAGCAUCUUAAUUAUGGACUGUACAUGAAUGGAAAUUUAGUAUUUCAUAAUUUAUUACUGAUACUUAAUCAAAUAUUCAACCAACUAUAUUUCUGUUUAAAAAUGACUUACCUGAUAGACUUCUCUAGUCAUGAACCAAAAAUAACUGAACAUUGUAAAACAAUGAAGUUUCAGGAAACGAAAUUUCAAAAAUUAUUAAUACAAAUUUCUGAUAUACUAUGUAAUGUACAAUGUAAUUUGCAAGAGAAAACCUUCAACUGUACAUUUGAAACAGGUGUUCUUUUCCCUAUAGAUUCAGAACAAAUUUUAACUUCUCCAAAAUUCAACUUUUUUAACAGUGAAUACAUAGACGAUGAAAAACAAUUUAAACAGCUAUGGUGCUCUCCAAUACAAGGAAAAUAUAAAAACUUGUUCUCAAGAUAUAAACGUUUUUUUAAUUCAUUUAAAAGUCAGUUUGAUGACAGUAUAGACAAUAUUGCAUUAAAUUGGAAAUCUCCUCGAGGACUAUCAUUAAGUAACAGGAGCAACUCAUUCAACAGAAUAAAAGUUUCACCAAGAUAUUCUAGAUUGUUUUCUAGUAGUAAUUUAAAAACAACUUACUUCAAAGAUAAUAAUGCAGCAUCUACUCCAAAACUCUCACGAAUACAGACAACACCAAAGAAGUCUGCCAUUCAAACUCCAAGUGCAGAGAUAAACAUAAACUUAGCAAUAAAAAAUAUUUUUGAUCUUUCGCAUAAACUCAAAGAAGUUGUAGCUUCCUUGCCUAAAUAGUAUAGUUAUUGAAUUUGUAUUUGCGGUAUAAGAUAUGUAUGAUAUGUUAAGUUAAUAAAAGUUUGCAGAUCUCUA